UUCACAUUUUACUCAUUCUUCCCUCCGUCCAAGUCUUCUCAGGCUCCAUCUAUCUAGAGCAUCAAUAUGGAGAAGUCGAUGUGGGCAGAUGUUCCGGCAGACGAAUCGAAGCCAAAAAAGACCGCACCUCUUCCGCCUGCCGACUCCACCCUCUCCGCCGCAGCAACCACAUUCGCGCCACAUGCUGCUGACCCGCCGCCGCCCAGUGUCGCUACCCUCGACACCUUUGCGCAAACAGCCCCACCACAGGAAGACUUGUUCGACGAUGUAGUGCCAGAGGAGUCCAUGCGCAUCCGGUCUGACGACGACCUGUUCAGCGAUGACUUCACUCCCGCGCCAGAACCUACAGUAGUGAGGUCGGCGCCUCAAACCGCACCAGAGGUAGCACCGCAGCCCGCGAGGACGACUGGGGAAGCACCUCCGACAAGAGCAAGAGGUCGUGGACGAGGGAGAGGGCGAGGAGCAUAUGAUGAACGCAAUCAGAAUCGCGGGAACAACCAUGCCCAACCGCGAGCUGCCCACAGCGCUCCUCAUAACGGCAGUCCCAAGCCCGCAGAAGCUACAAGUCAGGUCCCGGCGCAAACCUCGACACAGACACAGAAGAGCGCACCACCUCCCGAGAACGCACCUACAGCAUCACGAAAAGAUGGACCAACAUCUGUCCGGGGAGACCGCCACGCAACUGGAGGCGUGCGCAAGCCCAAGUUGAGCGAGGACGAAUUAGCAGCGAAGAUGGCCAAGAUCUCGCUCAAGAACGCAGAUCUCACCGCGGCCCACGCCCGAGCUGAGGCCGACGCAGCAUCAUUUGAGCAUCGAGAGCAGCAAGCGAAACACGUGGCCGAGCAACGCAAGAAGGAGGAGCGGAGAGAUCGACAACAGAUGAUGGGCGAGCGGGAGAAGAACCGGGCGAGGAAGCUGAGGGCUCUUGGGAAUCGAGAGUGGGACUCUGAGAAGCAAGAAGACGACUUUCGAGGAGGCGGCCGUCACGACAAGAAGGGUGGGUUUGCUGGCGACAAGGGAGACUACUCUGAUGGGAGGGAGUACCUGCUGCGCGAACCUCGAGGUGGUGGGAGGGGCCAAGCAGGGAUUCGAGCAGCGAAUCAAGGUGGUGCUGAAGGACGAUUAGAAGUCCCCAAGGCGGACGAUUUUCCAUCGCUUCCACCCGCUGCAAAGUCAGAGGCUAUGCCGGCGAAGACGGCAGAAGCAGAGGUCUUCUCCGAUUCUGCGAAGCCGUCGGGCAAGUCAUGGGCGGAUCAAGUCGAGGCAUCGUGAUCUGCCGUCCUAUUCAUAUCCACCAAAACUCGUGUAUCUGUAUCACUACAUCCUCUUGAACCCAUCUAUUGCUCUCGUUCAGGGGAGAAC